UAAUCUGCACCCGUUGUUAAACCGACAUUAAAGUAAAAUAUACCUGUAAAAUGUCAGAUUUAAAGGCAAACAGGAAGUAAAGGAGGUUAAUCCCUGACAUUUGCCAUUGACGCGUGCCGUUUGACGCGCAACGUGCUGGCUUUGAUCACACCGACCGCGUGAGCUCUCGCGCGCUCUCUGUCUUGUCUCGAGACGCAACAUCAUCGCAGUGUGAUGGCGGAGUGAUUUGUCCUCGAGCCCAAACCGGUCCCUCCCUUCUUUGUCAGAGAGACAGAGAGAGAAAGAGAGAGAGAGAGAGGAGGAGAGAAGAAGCCGCUCGUGACGCUGAAAUGUACCGGAGAAGCGGGAGAGAAAAAAUCUAAAUACAAGACAGAAGAACAGACGACAUACAAUUACAUCACCGACAGAGAACCGAGUCAAUCCGGGUACCGGGUGCAGUGAUGGUUACGGUGUGACUCGACCCGAUAUUUACACCGAUAAUGCGCGCGUAAUAACAGAUGUUAAAGGGGGAGGAAGCGGAGCUCAGCAUCAUCGUCAUCCCUCGUGACCGGUGGAGACUGACGUGAUGUGAUCGGAACGUGAGCGAGACGCCGCCGUUAUGGCCGAGGAGGCGGAUGUAGAGGCGGAUGCAGGUGCUAUCGGCUGCACGGACAAGUAUGAGGAGUACGAGUGCAAGAUCUGCUACAACUACUUUGACGUGGACCGGCGCGCGCCUAAGAUCCUCGAGUGCCUGCACACGUUCUGUGAGGAGUGUCUGCACGCGCUGCACCUGCGUGAGGAGCGGCCGUGGCGCGUCACGUGCCCUGUGUGCCGCCACCGCACGCCCGUGCCGGAUUACCGGAUACGCAACUUGCCCAACAACACCAAGGUCACGGAGGAGUUCCCGUUGCGCGUGGACGUGGAUGUCGACCCCGUGCCGCAGGACGCGCUGCCGCCGCACCCGCCGCCGUUGCAUCCAGCGCUUGCGGUCCUGCGGCGCGACGAGGCGUCCGGACCGAGUCGCCACGCGCACGCGACCCCGUCCACCACGGCUUCCACGGCCACCAUGACGCUCUCGCAGGACUCGGUGGUGUCGCGCCGUGAGAGCUGCCAUGAGGGCUGUUGCAGGCGGCUCGCGCUCACAGCGGGCUGCGCGUGCGUCGCGUUCUCGUUCGUGGCCAUGCUCGCGCUGCUCUUCGCCGGCCUUGUGUUCGUGCACGGAAACUCCGGGGACCGGCCGCCGUCUCCCGCCGGUCCCGUGUGCCUGUCGGUCGCGAGCGUCCUCGCCAUGGUAUCCGUGGUGGUUACGUGGCUGCUCUGCUGGCUGAAAUACAGACCGGAGCACGAGGCGACCGGCCGCGCCUCGGCAACGAGCAACAACAGCAGCCGGAGAAACGCCUAAGCUCUGUGUGUGUAUGUGGGUGGGUUUGUGGUCGUGUAUAUGUGCGCGCGCGCGUGGACGUGUGUUAUUGUCGCUCACGUGUAUUAUUACUCUUUCCUCAUGAUUCAUUAGAGCUGAUGGACUUUUACUAUUAUUCCUCCCUAUGCACUUAAACACGACUGACAAUCUCUUUCUCUCCCUUUCCACACACACACACACACACACACACAAAUUCUGGGACAGAUGUGCGCACGUUCUGAGUCCCACAUCACACAUUUUUGACCAGUGCUACAUUUAUAUAUGAGAAAUCAACCUGAUCCAUAAAUGACUAAGCCAUUACACAAGACUAAAGAAUCAUUUAGGAAUCAAUCACAAACGAUUCAAGAUGUUUAAAGCAUCUCUGAAAGUAAAGAAUUAUUGUUUCAUUUGUUUUUUUAUAUCCAUACCAACGAACACUAAUUGGCUUCAUCACUAAUAUUAGCAAGUCAAAGUUUUCUGCUUCAGUGUUUCCAGGUCUCACAUAAUUCAACAUAUUUAUAGAGAUCAGAUCAAUUCUGCUUAUAUUUUUUAUUCCCAAACCUUUUUUUAUUAUUACUCUUAAGAACAUUUAAUAUCUGAAUAGCUGAAUUAUUUUUGGUCAAAUUGUGAUUUUUUUUUUCCAUUUAAAAUUGAGAUUUUUGUGAUUUUUUUACAGACUGAUAAUAUAAAUAUAAAAGAUAAAUACAUUAAUGGCAGUGUAAAAGCUGUUAGGGUGGCAAUGUAGAAAUACCAACUGUAUUUUCUCUACAUUAGCUUUUAAAGCUAUUUAUGAUGCUAAUUUUUUUUAACGCUGAGGAAUUGUCGAAGUUUUUAGAUCGUUCUUAAAUCUUUCGGUACGUCGGAACGCUUUUAACCCUUUAAUCUUCCCCUCACCUUCUCAGAACAGAUUCAGUUUGUUUGUAUAAAAUUUGUGUGAUACUAUUUCUCUCGAAAUUAGGGUUAAAACAUUCAGGGGGACUUUAAAAUCAGCACUGACGAUGACGUGACGGUUUUGGGGCCAAAGUUAGCUGAAAAUACACUGCAUGUAAUAAUAGUUUUGUAAUAGUAAUAAUAGUAACGCACACACUCACACUCACUCACACACACUCACUCACUCACACACACACUCACUCAAACUCACUCACACACACACACACACACAAUUACUCACACACACUCACACCAAGAAUAGAAUUAAGACCUUAGACCAUAUUAAUGCACUUAAUUUUAUUAUUUAAAGUUUAUUAAAUAAAACACACUCUGUAGUGCACUAUACUUUCCAUUUGGGAUUCAUCCCGGUGAACAGUUUCAGUAACUGCCUUUCUCUUAAACCAUGUACAGUAUUCUCUCUCUCUCUCUCUCUCUCUCUCUCUCUCUCUCUCUCUCUCUCUCUCACUCUCUCUCACUCACUCACUCACUCACUCAUUACACACAUUUCCUGUAUAUAUUCUGCCUUACUGUGUGUUCUGUAGAUAUUAGACUGUGUGUGUGUGUGUGUGAGUGUUUGUGUCCUACUCAUGGGUCUGUAUGUACAUAUGAUAACAACUUCCUCUCUUUACACACCUGAGCGUUAAGACGAUUAAAACACUGAGACAUGAA